AUGCCGCUUGACGAUAUGUUUGCGGAGAGCGGUGACCAGUUCAACUUCGAUGGUUUCCACCUGCUGUGCUCCGACGAGAAGCCCUCCUCCUUCGGCGUGGUCUGCGUCUUGGGGGAUGUGACUAAGGUUCGUGCCGCCGUCUUCUCGUCAGAGACUUGGGAAUGGGUCGUCCACCCGUGGGUCGACAUCGGAGCAGAAAGGAAGCUAAGGUUCAGGAGCGGCAUGCUGGUGGGUUCUUCUAUUUAUUGGCCUUACAACUGGCUGGUGCAAGGGUACAAUUUCAAGAUUGGGGACACUGAGGACGGCGAGCUUUGCAUUGUGUAUGCACUGGACUCCCUUCUCCAUGUUUGGACCCGUCGAGCGGACGACGACGGCGGGAUCGAGAGAUGGGUACCACACAAGACAUUCUCUUUGAUUGAAGAUAUUGGUUGGAUUACUGAGACAUUGCGGGGCAUGUAUACCGGCCUGGAAGUUUUGGAAGUUAGGGCAGGGUGCGUGUACAUGGCGACAAAGCACAGUUCACCUUGCCGCUGGUUCUUCUCCCUUUCAUUGGAUACCAUGGAGAUUGAGAGGCUAUUUCAGGGGAGAUGUGAUGGCCAGGCCUAUCCGUAUAUUAUGGCCUGGCCUCCUUUGGUCGGCGAUCAUGGGAGCAUUGGACAUGAUGGGGUUGAAGGUUCUCAGUGAAGUGUGACAACUCAUGGGUAUGAGUUCCAUUAUCAAAUACGUACUUCUGAAAAUCAUUCCUUGUAUCUGAAGUAAUGGUUAUUUGCGUAGAAAUGUUUUGAUGCGUUGAAAUUUCUGUCUCAAUGCUGAAGCUAGUGAACUAUUUUGGAAGAAUGGAUUGUUGUUAUUCUCUGCAUGCUUUCUAUGGAAUACCGCGAUGCUGCAUUUGCUGCCCGGCCCCAUUAAUCAAUUUGUAUCCACUGUUUACAAAGUCAUUCAUUUAGAGAAAAUUAUACCAGGAUGGCUAGUUAUUCUUAUUCUUUUGCCAUGAAAAGUAGUUGCAAAAUUCAACAAAAUGAAAUGUCAAACAUCCAUAUGUCCUUGUGACAAAAAAAAAUCCAUAGUACUCUACAUAUUAGUGAGUAUUUGUUACCCUGGUCUGUGAAUUGUUUAUAGUUAUUUUCUGUUUUUCCGUUUUUGCCUACACAAUCUAUUCAUUUUUUUUUCAGAUGCCUUGCUUUGUUGUUAUUUGUAACAUCACAGCUAAUAACUUCAAAUUUUGCUUGAAGUGCUCAGCCAGUAUUUGGGAUACAUUUGCCAUAACUUUCAUGGUGGGAAGAGAAUGAGAAUGCAGUAAGUUCAAUUUGACUUGUUGGAACUUAAGACCCCAGAGAAGUAUUAUUAGUGAGCGAAGUACCAUAGUAUGUAUUAUAAUGUUGAUCCUGUACUGAUCCGUCCAUGCAUGCUUGUAUUACAUGAAUGCAGUAUUCCUGGCCUAAUAAAGGUUCAUAUAUAGUUGCCUUUAAAGCUGUGAACCGUCGGAUCGGAGAAGUAAAAGCAGUGAAAUCUUUUGAGACCCGACAGAUGGUUUAAUAUAGUAUUCCCGUACGUCUGGCGUCUGA